GACCGCUGGGGGCCUGUCGGGAAGCCGCGUCUUGCGCUCAGCUGUGUUCUCCCUGCCGGACUUCACGUACGCAGGGGGUGGUAGAAACGCUUUUUCCUCGAGUGGGCGGCAGGGGUUCUAUCCGGAAAGGAGACGCUCGCUGUAUUCCAGGGAGCGUCGUCUCGCCGGUGGAAAAAAAUGAACUCCAACGUGGCGUACAACGCAGCGCCGGGUACUGCGCAAGCUGGAGUGCGGGACUACCAGGUGGGACCUGGACGAGAAUGACCCAGCAUGGACAAAGGCACUCUGAAUGCAGCUUUCAGCUGCUUAGAGGGCAUUUACACAAACCAGAAUGUGGGCAAGCAUGUAAGCGCCUUGUUGCAAGCUAGUCGAGGCUCAGCCUCCCAUUUUUUGCCUCCCUAUCCACUGUUCCCACCUCUUGCACCACCAUUGCCGGCAACUGAUGACUGUGCCAAAAAAGCCCACCCCCCUCAGCAACAGCAGCAGCUGCAGCAACCGCAGCAACCACAGCAACAGCAACAGCAACAUUCCAGGGUUCCCAGCUCGGGUACUUCAGCCAAGUCCGAACGCAAGGCGAAGCGUGAUCCAGGAGCGUCAGCUAAUGAUGGCUGGGUUCAAGGACAAGAAAAGUUCAGUUGGGAUGGCUCACCAGUGGCUGCCUACAAUCCUGCAACGAAGAUGUUCCGCUGUGUUGCAUGCAACACGUUGGGAUUUCUGUCAAGAAUUGCCGAGCACUACUUGGGAACCCAUGUUAAUGCCAAGCAGGUGUUCCAGUGUCCGGAGUGCCCGUACAGCAGCGCUUGGUCACGAUGUGUUCGACUCCAUUUGGGCAAGGUGCAUGGCAUCCAGAAUGCCCCAGCAUCAUUGUGGCGUGACCAGCCUUUGCUCGAUGAAAUUAUGGGGUUGCUGCAGAACCUGAAAAAUUUGGCCGAGUCUUCUGGGGGUGCAGGGCUGGCUGCAGCACCCGCCACUCCAGCUGUAGAUAAGCGCUAUGUCUGUCCUCGUUGCCCCUAUGCUACCGACCGCAGAGACCUAUACCACCGACAUGAGAACAUCCACAAGGAUGACAAGCCUUUCCACUGUUACGUUUGCUUCAAGUUGUUCAACCGAGCCGACCACGUCAAGAAGCACUUUCUGCGCAUCCACAAGAACCACCCCUAUGAUAUUGGCCUGAUUCGGCGCCAUCCGCCACGCUCAGCAACACACACAGGCCAUGGGCCCUCGGCCAGUGGCCAUCAUCACAGCAACAAUGGCCAGUGGACACAUCCUGCAGGUGCAGCUCGCCUUCCCCAGCCAUCCAACUGUGCUGGUCCAGCUGACUGUUCGAGGGCUCUGCCUGUGCCUACCAAUGGAUGCCCUGCAGGAGGCACGCAGGCUUGGGGCUUCCAUGCUGGCAAUGUGCCUGCUGUGUGCAGUGGCACUGGCCCCAAGGCCAUGGGCUGCCCCGCUGCCCUGCCCCAAGAGACGACGGCAAAAGGAAAACGUGGGGGCUCGGGCAAAGCAGCAGCUACUGCCACAAGCGGAACUGCAGCAGCCAAGACAUUUGCCUGCGCCUACUGCCCCUGGCGUGGCGUAGAUGGCUGGUGCUUGCGGCGGCAUCUUAACACGCACAUCAAGCCAUUCUCCUGCCCCUUUUGCGAGUACAAGGCAGCCCGGUCAGAGCGCCUGAACACGCAUGUGCUGAAGGUUCACGGGAAGCAUCUGUGCAACAAGUGCCACUUUGCGGGGGAGGACUCGAUUGCUCUGGAGCGCCAUGUCAAAGAGAACCACUUGAGCUCGAGCUUGAACGACAAGUCACGUAUGGGCUGCUCCCUCUAUCCACCGUUUCCUGUACGACCACCGCACCCACCUAUUUCGCAGCCAGUGGACAAGUGCAAAAUUGAGCCCUGUGGAUGUUCAGUGCCCAAUGGCACUAGCGCUUGCACUUCCAAUUCAAAACCGCAGGUGGGACCAACUGAGCAGCGAGGGCUAGCAGACUGCGUGUCCCCGGGGCCUGCCCGUGGCCGAGAGGGUGGCUGCAGAGACGACCCCAACAACCUGGCCACAGUGUUCCCUUACCGCUGCGUUGUGUGUGGCUUCUGCUCCUUCACUCAGGACACAAUGAUUGCACACAUGCGCCUCCAUUCGGGUCAGACACUUCGCUGCCGAGCCUCGGAUGCAUGCUGUCAAUACAGCACCCCUUUCGAGGAUGUGCUGCGUAAGCAUGUUUCCACAGAGCAUGCUGAUGACGAUGCAGUGGCACGGUGCCCACAUUGUGGGAUGCCAUGCAGUAGUGCCAAGGUGCUGACGCGGCACGCAGCAGAAAGUCACCACAACCUGGCGCUCAAGGGCCGCUGUGCUGACUGUGCAGUGAUGCUGUUGCGGCAUUUUGGACUGGUGGCCGAAGCAGACACUGCUGUCCGGGUGUUAGCAGCACCUGUGCUGCAGGUUCAGCGAUUGAAGCAGUCUAGGAAGCAACCCAAACCUCGAAAAGUAGUUGUCUGUUGCUCUGAUCGCUGUGGAAAGUCUCAGCUAGGUUCAACAGCUCCACGACGUCGAAGAAAACGUGUACCAUCACGCCUACCUUUAGGAAAGUCCUCGCUGAGUCUGUCAUGUCACCACUGUAAAUUGGAAGGUGGAUUGCGGCGUAAGAAGGCAUUCAGGUGUCACAGUAGUUACCUGGUCCACAUGUACUGGUGCCACUUAAGAGAACGACACCGAUGCUCCCGGUGUGGCUUGGGGUUUAGGCAUGGCUACCAGUGUUAUCUUCACUCAAAAAAACAGCACAGCUAGCCAAGGCCUUUCUUCAGAUAUCUUUCGGUUGUUGUUGUUUCCACCGUGAUAACAGAAUCCACUGUUAUCUAUAUUGUCCUGACCCUAGGUACCUGUGCGAAGCACCCAGUGAGUUUAUAUUUGUCACAUUGAGAUUGUGAAGACAAAAUAUUGUCCUGAUGAAAGUAACUUGGUUAAAUGGGACUUGCAAAGCUAUCUUUCAGCCCUAUUGUUGAGUCUCCAGGCUGAAGGUGCGCUUACCAUGUUUUCUGGGCAAGUGUGUGGUUACUCCACAAUAAUGCAUGGCACUUUGAACUAUAGCUGUAGUUCAAAGGUGGCUUUUUAGGCUGUUCUCAUUGUAUCCUUGAAGCCAUGAAAUGUAAGGUAAACAUGGGCUUUAUUUGCAGAGUAAUAGCAGACCAUAUGUGUUCAUGUAGCACUUGAAUAUUUCCUGUGAGAAUUUCAUUUAACAUAUAAUAUGGAUUAAUAUUGCCAAGCCAGCUUCGCUUGAUGUUUUAGACUCCACUGUUGAGUGUGCAGUGCCCAAGUUACCUUUAUCAGUACAUAUUCUUUGAGGACAAUUCUAGUUGCAGAGAUGUAGCAUUUACUUUCUUGUUAUUUACAUUUGAAGUCAUAUGUGACAUAAAUUUGUUUUUAUUAGCACUUCUUUAUAGGCAAGGUUACCAUAAGGUUGUGUGCAAUUUCUCUUACAAGAAACAUGCUGUGGUAGAGAAAAUACUAGGUUGUUAUUGCCAGAUGUUGCUCUCAUUCAUAGAUUUAUAGACACAAAAACAGUGAUAUGUCAUAUGUUUUCUCAGCUGUACACAAACUGCCAUUAUACCAAUUACUGAGGAUUGUCCAAACACAAAACAUUCUUGAACACCAUGCUCAUGUACAAAUUGUUAUAACUGAGCUGGAAAGAAAGUGGGUGAGAGUGCAAUUUAUUCUUGCUAUCUAUAUGUACAGACAGGGCAUAUAUGUAUAUACACACAAAUAUGUGCAUUACACUGUUUCUAAUUGAUAUUUAAAGCCAUUUGUCAUAAUAAGCUGCCUUUUUUUGGCAUUGAAUAUCUUUGAAACUUCAUCUGCCAAGAAAAAAAAAGGGUAUGAAUGUGAGCUAGUUGGUAUGAAUUCAUUGAUAAAAAAACAGCGCGAAAUGAACACGGACAAGGGAGGACCCAGGACUAGCACUGUGUCCUGUGUUCCUCUCUUGUCCGUGUUUAAAUUUGGAACACAGGACAGCACUUGUCCUGUGUUCCUCCCUUGUCCGUGUUUAUUUUGUGCUGUUUUUUCACCUAUUCGUAUACCAAGAUAGCCCAUUGGUGACAUUCCAUUUUAUUGCUGGGAAAUCUUCUGGAUAGAACGUUCUGUCAUCAGUUAAAAUUUUCAGAAUUAUACCGUCUUGAAAUGACAACUGAUUGCCAAGUAACUUGGUAACGUCAAAUAAAACUAAAUUGAAUUGAAAUGCAGCAGUAUAUUUCACUAUUGUAUACCAUGUGGCCUUGUGGUGCUACAAGUUCUGUUGGUUUGCAUGGUAGAAGAGCUGCAUAUUGCUGAGUUAGGAUGGACACUUUAGUUUCGUAGUACAGUGUUUUUGUGCAUUCUGUGAUUCUGGAUGAUUGAAAUAAAUUGAGGAAUAAUACUGUGCUGGGCAUCCUACCUCACAUUUGUGAUACAGUAAUUCAGCUGUUGCUUAAUGUUUACUGAUCAUACAGAGUUAUCUAUAUUAAGUUUCAGAAUGAAAGCAUUUGUGUUUUAAUGCUAAGCAUUUCUACUGUUCUGAGUUAUUUGAAUACCAUGGUGUCAGUUUUCAUAUGUCCAUAUUCAUGGUGCUUGAUUAUGUAAUGCCUGGAGGGCAUACUAAGUCCAGGGUUCAUUAGAGCUGUAUGUAGGUUCUAGAGUUGAAAUACUUGUCUUUGGAAAUUUGGACCAAAAUAUUUUUCUAAAGCAGCUCAAAAGCAUGUUACAUUUAGGGUAGUGAGUGCAUUUUUAUUUCUUUACAUUUGCUGUAUGACAAAGAGAUUCUCUAAAUGCAAGUGCUGUGACAUCGCGGUUUUGAAAUAAAGUAAUAAGCAUUUUAAAUUUAACAUCAAAGGAAUAAAGUUGUGGAAAAGUGAACUAUUUUUAGUUUUAGUUGCACUCAAUGUAUGUUUCAUUUACGCUCAGAGUACGUUAUCAGUUAUUAUUUAACUUUGGCACGUACAUAUGUGAACACUCACUGUCUGCUCUAUAUAUAACUUUCCUGGACUCGUAGUGAACAUCUUUUUUUAACAAAAUUUGCUGGGACAGAAAUUGGGUUAUUCUUUUGUUCUUUGAGUGACUAAUUGAAAUUUUGCUGAAUGUUCAUUCACAGAAAACAUUUUAAAUCUAUAAGAUUCAAGUUCUUACACUUUGCUUUUUGUGAUUGAAGUUCUAACUUUCACGUUGCUGUUUAUCAUGAUUUUUCUUGUGUGUGUGAAUUGGGGUUCUCUUUCCUGUUAGUUCGGCGACCAGAUUGCUUAGCCUUAGGCUGCUGUGCUGUUUUUAUGAGCUUCCAUGUCGUUUUUUUUUUUUUUUUUUUUUUUUAGCUUUGACGGGGCAAACCAUGGGGCUUUCAAAUACUCUGUUUUAAAACCUGGCCAUCUUGGGAGCAAACUUGUAUGUUUCCCUAGUGCAGCAGGAAAACCAUUCAUUAGCUGUGCCAUACAAGACUUUUUUGCUCUACUUAAAUAUGUUCUGGGGUAUACUAUAUAUGGCAUGGACACAGAGGUUGUGGUUAUAAGCUGCAGCCCCAUGCUGUAACCUCCAUGUCACCAUUCCGCAAAGAUGUGUUUAAUGUAAUUUCAUUACCAAACUGUUAAGCAUGCUUUCAUGCUAAAGAUGUGUGUGUGUGUGCACAUGUUUGCACAUGUGUGUGUGUGUGCGUGUUUUUAAAUGAGACUUGUAUGGGCUACUGCGCAAUUAGGAAAACAUCUGAAAAGGUGGCACCAGUACAUGUUGUGUUACGGUAUAAAGAGGAAUUGGCCAUUGCUUAUAAGCAGUUGAAGGGCCUAUGAAAUUUGUGAGAGGCUGAGGAUGUGACCUGGUUUAUGCUGCAUAGGGAAAACUGUGAACUGGUAUUCCAAUUCUCUGCAUUUUGCUCAAAUUUUAAGCAAAGGAUAUGAUUUUAGUGGGUUGAAUUUGUAAAGCUAGAAGUGUAGGUAUGGUAUUGAGGGUUGCAAACAUACUGGAUGUAGAGCAGCCGUCGUACAAUGAGAAUUCAUAAAAAUUUCGGUCUUGGGUUGGACACGGAAGAUUUGGAAAAUUAAUCAUGACUAAUGAAAUAACAUUAUGAUGAAGUACUGCUGUUUUCCUUUUGCAUCUACUGAUGCAGUUGUGUGAUGUCAGUACUUUCCUUUAUUUAAUUUUAACUUCAUUUAGCAGGCAAUACUGUUUGAAAAUGUUGAAAACUUCCUGGCAUAUGAACAUGAUGAAUUGAUUUUGCGAGUCCUUUUCUUUUUUUCUUUGACGUCACAUUGACUCAGUUCAAUGUCUCACAAGUUCAAGUGACUGGUGGGCUAUAGCUGUUCUGGAGCCAUACAAUAAUUGUAUACCACAAUAAUUGUGUAGCUUAUUUUUAUUUAAGCUCACUUGUUUAAUGUAAUGGAUCAUUUGAUACUGCCAUGUAAUUUCCUAAGACAUAACAGGAAGCAAGAUUUAUGCUGUUAGCAGGCCUAAAACAGCAGGACUUUCUAAUUAAAGCAUGUCUUUUGACUGUGUUAAGUACACUUCUCUGCCUUCUCAUUUCACUGUGAUCCUCUAAAUUGCUAGACUGGCAAAGUCGCAACUUUUCACAAACUUGGACGAUGUCCACAUGAAACGUUGAACUGCGAGGAUGUUAUGACAGUUAAACUAAACAGAAGUGACACGCACUAUCUAAGUGCACCAUUUAUUUGACCAAAGAAAAUUUGGUUUAAAGACUUCUUUCAUUGUGCAAUGGUGCUUUGGCUACAAGCAUACAUUUUGUACAAAAUAUAGCAGCUCUGCAUUGUGACAGGCAUAUUGCUAAUUCAGUGGUAGUCAGCUUGAUUGCAGAGUAGCACUUUUGGGCUCAAUGUAUAGUGGUCUCAUUUGGUGGUGCUGUUUUUCGUGCAUAAUAUGAACUAUUUCUUGACCUGGCUGUGCCUGAAUUUAUUGACACCCUGGUUUGCAGCCUUUGCUCAAGCAAAUACCAUACACCUGUACAUAAAUCUAUGUAUACAUUGGACAAAUUGCUGUGACACCUGGAUACCUAAAAACCAGAACCAUGUGGCAUCCAUCUUCCAAGAAACGAGCCACAGUAACUCUUCUUGUGGUGUUUUGAUUACUGCUUCAAAAUAUGCAUGCAACAAUCAUACCUGUAUGUCAAAAAGUUACGUAGCGUCCAUAGUCUGUAGAAAGUCUCAUUUCUUGCAAUAUUAUUUGUUGUUUGCUCUCAUCAGCAUAGUGCAUGUGUGUACUUGGUUGUUGCAAGAUCUGUGAAGUUCUUUGUGCUGUCAGCUUCGAUUGGUUUUCAUUUUGCUGCACUAUCCUCAUUUUACUCGGCAUUGGAUUUGUGGUUGUGUGUGAUGCAUCAUACCAUUCUUUUCUCUCUCCAAAGCUCUGUUUCACACAUUUAAGAAGGAGCUAAAUAAAAAAAAAUGAUUGGUUUUGUUUUUUUA